CGUUCGGCCGCGUCGGCGCACUGGAACAGUAAAAAACCCAGCCUGCCUUGCUUUUCUGGUGUUGCGUGAACUCGCACAACCGCAAGACCGGCAGCCAGCUGGGGCGGUAGCUGCGGGAGGAAUAAAGGAAGAGUUUCAAGAGUGGCUGCGGACCACUGAGGAAACACGUGUCACAGCUGAAGGGGUUACCUAGCUGGUGUUUUGUUCUGCGGUGAUUUUUCUGACAACAAGAACUAUGUCAUGGAUCAAGGAAGGAGAGCUGUCACUUUGGGAACGGUUCUGUGCCAAUAUCAUAAAGGCUGGCCCGGUACCCAAACAUAUUGCAUUCAUAAUGGAUGGAAACCGUCGCUAUGCCAAGAAAUGCCAGGUGGAGCGGCAGGAGGGGCACUCACAGGGCUUCAACAAGCUUGCCGAGACUCUGCGCUGGUGUUUGAACCUGGGCAUCCUUGAAGUAACUGUCUACGCUUUCAGCAUUGAGAACUUCAAACGUUCCAAGAGUGAGGUUGAUGGGCUUCUGGAUCUGGCCCGUCAGAAGUUUACCUGCUUGAUGGAAGAACAGGAGAAGCUGCAGAAACACGGGGUAUGCAUCCGCGUCUUGGGUGAUCUGCAUUUGUUGCCCUUGGACCUCCAGGAGAAGAUUGCACAUGCUGUACAAGCCACUAAGCACUAUAACAAGUGUUUCCUCAAUGUCUGCUUUGCAUACACGUCUCGUCAUGAGAUCACCAAUGCUGUAAAAGAGAUGGCGUGGGGAGUGGAGCAAGGCCUGCUAGAACCCAGCGAUGUCUCUGAGUCUCUGCUCGAUAAGUGCCUCUAUAGCAGCCACUCUCCUCACCCGGACAUCUUGAUACGGACCUCAGGAGAAGUGCGCCUCAGUGACUUCUUGCUCUGGCAGACCUCCCAUUCCUGCCUAGUAUUCCAACCUGUUCUGUGGCCAGAGUACAUAUUUUGGAACCUCUGUGAGGCAAUCCUGCAGUUUCAGAUGAACCAUAGUGCACUUCAGCAGAAAGCCCGGGACAUGUAUGCUGAAGAGCGGAAGCGGCACCAGCUGGAGAGGGACCAGGCUGCAGUGACAGAGCAGCUGCUUCAAGAGGGGCUCCAGGCCAGUGGGGACGCCCAGCUCCGACGGACACGAUUGCACAAACUCUCAGCCAGACGUGAAGAGCGAGUCCAGGGCUUCUUGCAAGCCUUGGAACUCAAGAGAGCUGACUGGCUGGGACUUUUGGCCACUGCAUCUGCCUAAGUGAGGCUGGUCAACAGCCAUUUUGCCUUGCCCUCUGCCUCCAGAACCCCCAAAACCCCCUUUUCUUGGUGAAAGGCACCUCCCCACUUUUGAUGAAUCAUGCUUUCCUUGCUUGGCUGGAAGCCCCAAAGGCUGGGUCCGCUGCCCGUAGACACCUUUGGCUACCUGAGACAGUUGACCCUCUGGAGUUUGAAGGAGAGUUCUCCCACAAGUACACUAAAUCCAAGUCUGGUCACAGUCCAUUUGGAUAAGGGGACCCUAAUUUAUCAUCUCUCUUCCAUAUCCACCUGUUUGGGAUGCACGUUCUUUUUCACCAGCAAAUCCUUCAACAUGCAGAAGAGGCCUUC